UGAACAAGUUAAUGACGAAAAUAACCUCUAAGGUUUAUAUAAAUGUAGGGCGUUUCGGGGUUAGCAUGGCACCUUUUCUUUUCAUUGCAUUAGUAAUACUACGACUCUUUCUCUCCACACUGCAUAACUCCAAAACAAAGAAAAUGGCCCAUCCAGCUGAUGUACAACUUCUCAACAAAGCCUUGUCAGGAAUUGGAGUGGAUGAGAAAUCAUUAAUAUCAAUAUUGACAAAAACACACCAUGAGCACAAGAGAUUUAUCAGGAAAGGAUGUUCCCAAUUCUUCAUCGAGGACGAACGUCAAUUUGAGCGGUGGGACGAUUCUGCCAUCAAAAAUCUCAAAGUUGAAUUCAAGCGGUUUAAAGAUGCUGUGAUGCUUUCUCUGAUGCAUCCGUGGGAGAGGGAUGCUCGGUUGUUGAAAAAGGCAUUGAAGAAGGGCCCCCAGCUAUAUGGCGUAAUCGUAGAAAUAGCAUGCACCAGAUCAUCUGAUGAGCUGUUGGGAGCAAGAAAGGCGUACCACUCCCUCUUUGAACGAUCCAUUGAGGAAGAUCUUGCUACCCACGUGAAGGGAACUGAGCGCAAGCUCUUAGUGGCACUGGUGAGUGCUUAUAGGUAUGAAGGACCAAAGGUCAAGGAAGACACCGCAAAAUCAGAGGCCAAAGAACUUUUACAAGCAAUCAACAAUCGCGAUAAGAGGAAACCUAUCGAGGACGAGGAAGUGAUCAGGAUUCUAACCACAAGGAGCAAGCCUCAUCUCAGGGAAGUCUAUCAACAAUACAAGAAAAUUUCUGGCAAGACCAUCACUGAGGGUCUUGAAGCUGAGAUACUCUUGAAAGAAACAAUAGAAUGCCUGUGCACCCCUCAUACAUAUUUCACCAAGGUUUUCGAAACAGCUCUCAGAGAAGAUGCAAAUGAGGAUGAUAAAAAAGCAUUAACUCGAUUGGUUUCAACCCAAGAAGCUGGAAAUUUGAAAGGAAUAAGCGAUAAAUUUGCCCACAAGAUAGAGGAGAGAGUUAAGGGAGCCUACAAGGAUGUGUUACUUGGUGUGUUAGCAAAAGGGCAAAUGAGUGGACAAGCUUAAAAUCCUGCUAAAUGCCUUUGAAUUUUAUAUUGAAGAAUGCUCUCUUCUAUUUAAUUCCGUGGUUGUUUCUUCAUUGCCUAAAUGUGUUGGCAUGUGGCUUUUAAGAGUAUCGUACUGUUGCUUUAAUGAUUCCUUAAUAAAUCAGCAUUGAUGAGUUCUUUUGGGCUUUG